GCGCCCCCGCCCGCCGCCGCGCCGCUCACCUCCGUCCUGGUCCUGGCCGCCGGCUGCACCCUGCAGGUGCCGCUGGACCACGUCGACCUGCUGCUGGAGCCCGCGCCCACGUCGGUCCUCAGCGUGUCUCUGCCCGGCCACACGCUGCUGCUGGUCCCCGAGGGCCUCCUGGAGGCCGCCGGCCAGGGCCCCUCGCCGGGCGGCCUGGCGCUGCCCGCUGUCCUGGACGCCGCGGCCGAGGACGUCGUGCUGCAGCAGGGAUUCGUGUGCGCAGCCCCCACGGAGAUGGCCGGCCAGGGAGAGGCCUCGGAAGACCACGCCGACCCCGAGCUGCUCCUGGCGUUCCGUGGGGAGCCUGCAGCCGGCUGGGCCGCAGGGCUCUACCUGGGCACUGCAAGGGGCUCCAGCCGCGGCUCGGGCUUCGACCUGGACUUCGAGUUGUGGCGGCCGCUGCCCGGCUCUCCACUCCAGCCUCUGCCUCCGUCUCCCAGUACAGGGUCCCUGGAGCCCCCGGGGCGCCCGCAGCGCCCUCCUCGGCCCGCCUGCAAGGCCCGGAGACGCCUGUUCCAGGAAUGA